AACGCAGAGUCCAUGGUCAGAACAGAGACAGAACAGAGAUGAGUUCAUCAAGAACAGCUUGGGUUGUCGCCGCCAGUGUCGGACUGGUGGAGGCUUUGAAAGAUCAAGGGGUUUGCCGCUGGAAUCACACGAUUAGGUCGGUUCAGCAGUACGCUAAAAGCCAUGUGAGAUCUGCUUCCCAGGUCAAGAAGCUUUCUUCGCCGUCGUCUCCGGCGGUUUCCGACCAGAAAUGGAAGCAGUCGGAGGAAUCUUUGAGAACUGUCAUGUUCUUGAGCUGUUGGGGUCCUAAUAAUUGACCCACCACCCCAGAUUGUUCUUCUUAGGAAAGCUUUGGAUUGUAUAAAUUUCAUUCAACAUUUUUUAUAAAUUUUAAUGAAUGAUUUUAUUUUUGGUUUAAAAUAAGAUUUAAAAAUUUUAAUAUGAUAAGUGUUGGUUGAUAAUUACAUUUAUAAUGAGUAAUUAAUAUCUUUUGUC